UUCUGCGCGGGAUGGCAGCGGCAGCAGCAUCCCCGCCAGCGGCAGCGGCGGCAGCGGCCACCGCCACCUCCUCGGACGCUAUUGUUCCCUGGUGUUAGACGCGCUCUCCCUCCUUCUCAUCUGAAGCGAACAAUAGCAGGAAAGAGCUUUGCUUUCUGUACUCUUUGGGAAGACGUUCCAAGAGCGGAGAAAAAUUCCCUGCCGAGCGUGCUGCGGCUCUGGACCCUGGAGUGGCUGCGGGCGGCAUGGGGCUGCAAGCCAGGCGCUGGGCGUCCGGGAGCCGGGGCGCUGCGGGGCCGCACCGGGGCGUCCUGCAGCUGCUGCCGCUGCAGCUGCUCCUGCUGCUGCUGCUGCGCCCGGGCGCCGGCGGGGCUGCAGCGCAGGGCGAGGCGGAGGCGCCCACCCUCUAUCUGUGGAAGACUGGUCCAUGGGGCCGAUGCAUGGGAGAUGAAUGUGGUCCAGGAGGCAUCCAAACGAGGGCUGUAUGGUGCGCUCAUGUGGAGGGAUGGACGACGCUGCACACUAACUGUAAGCAGGCCGAGAGACCCAAUAACCAGCAGAAUUGUUUCAAAGUCUGUGACUGGCACAAGGAAUUGUACGACUGGAGGCUGGGACCCUGGAAUCAGUGUCAGCCUGUGAUUUCAAAAAGCCUAGAGAAACCUCUUGAGUGCAUUAAGGGGGAAGAAGGUAUUCAGUUGCGGGAGAUAGCGUGCAUCCAGAAAGACAAAGACAUUCCUGCGGAGGAUAUCAUCUGUGAGUACUUUGAGCCCAAGCCUCUCCUGGAGCAGGCUUGCCUCAUUCCUUGCCAGCAAGAUUGCAUUGUGUCGGAGUUUUCGGCCUGGUCCGAAUGCUCCAAGACCUGCGGCAGCGGGCUCCAGCACCGGACGCGUCACGUGGUGGCGCCCCCGCAGUUCGGAGGCUCUGGCUGUCCAAACUUGACGGAGUUCCAGGUGUGCCAGUCCAGCCCCUGCGAGGCCGAAGAGCUCAUGUACAGCCUGCAUGUGGGGCCCUGGAGCACCUGCUCAGUGCCCCACUCCCGACAAGUAAGACAAGCAAGGAGACGCGGGAAGAAUAAGGAACGGGAAAAGGACCGCAGCAAAGGAGUAAAGGAUCCAGAAGCCCGCGAACUUAUUAAGAAAAAGAGAAACAGAAACAGACAGAACAGGCAAGAGAAUAAAUAUUGGGACAUCCAGAUUGGAUAUCAGACCAGAGAAGUGAUGUGUAUUAACAAGACGGGGAAAGCUGCUGAUUUGAGCUUUUGCCAGCAAGAGAAGCUUCCAAUGACCUUCCAGUCCUGUGUGAUCACCAAAGAGUGCCAGGUUUCCGAAUGGUCAGAGUGGAGCCCCUGCUCAAAAACAUGCCACGACAUGGUGUCCCCCGCAGGCACUCGUGUAAGGACACGCACCAUCAGGCAGUUUCCUAUUGGCAGUGAAAAGGAGUGUCCAGAACUUGAAGAAAAAGAACCCUGUGUGUCUCAAGGAGAUGGAGUUGCCCCCUGUGCCACGUAUGGCUGGAGAACUACGGAGUGGACUGAGUGCCGUGUGGACCCUUUGCUCAGUCAGCAGGACAAGAGGCGCAGCAACCAGACAGCCCUCUGUGGCGGGGGCAUCCAGACCCGAGAGGUGUACUGCGUGCAGGCCAAUGAAAACCUUCUCUCACAAUUAAAUACCCACAAGAACAAAGAAGCCUCAAAACCAGUGGACUUGAAAUUAUGCACUGGCCCUGUCCCUAAUACUACACAGCUGUGCAACAUUCCUUGUCCAACUGAAUGUGAAGUUUCACCUUGGUCAGCUUGGGGACCUUGUACUUACGAAAACUGUAAUGAUCAGCAAGGAAAAAAAGGCUUCAAACUGAGGAAGCGGCGCAUUACCAAUGAGCCCACUGGAGGCUCCGGGGGAACUGGAAACUGCCCUCACUUACUGGAAGCCAUUCCCUGUGAAGAGCCUGCCUGUUAUGACUGGAAAGCAGUGAGACUCGGGGACUGCGAGCCAGAUAACGGAAAGGAGUGUGGUCCAGGCACGCAAGUUCAAGAGGUUGUGUGCAUCAGCAGUGAUGGAGAAGAAGUUGACAGACAGCUGUGCAGAGAUGCCAUCUUCCCCAUCCCUGUGGCCUGUGAUGCCCCAUGCCCGAGAGACUGUGUGCUCACCACAUGGUCUACAUGGUCCUCCUGCUCUCACACAUGCUCAGGGAAAACCACAGAAGGGAAACAGAUACGAGCACGAUCUAUUCUGGCCUAUGCGGGUGAAGAAGGUGGAAUUCACUGUCCAAAUAGCAGUGCUUUGCAAGAAGUGCGAAGCUGUAAUGAGCAUCCUUGCACUGUGUACCACUGGCAGACUGGUCCCUGGGGCCAGUGCGUUGAGGACACCUCCGUAUCGUCCUUCAACACAACUACGACUUGGAACGGAGAGGUGUCCUGCUCUGUCGGCAUGCAGACGAGAAAAGUCAUCUGUGUGCGAGUCAAUGUGGGCCAAGUGGGACCCAAAAAAUGUCCUGAAAGCCUUCGACCUGAAACUGUAAGGCCCUGUCUGCUUCCUUGUAAGAAGGACUGUAUUGUGACCCCCUAUAGUGACUGGACAUCAUGCCCUUCUUCAUGUAAAGAAGGGGGCUCCGGUAUCCGGAAGCAGUCUAGGCAUCGGGUCAUCAUCCAGCUGCCGGCCAACGGGGGCCGAGACUGCACAGAUCCUCUCUAUGAAGAGAAGGCCUGCGAGGCACCUCCAGUGUGCCAGAGCUACAGGUGGAAGACCCACAAAUGGCGCAGAUGCCAAUUAGUCCCUUGGAGCGUGCAACAGGACAGCCCUGGAGCACAGGAAGGCUGUGGGCCUGGGCGACAGGCAAGAGCCAUUACUUGUCGCAAGCAAGAUGGAGGGCAGGCUGGAAUCCACGAGUGCCUGCAGUAUGCAGGCCCUGUGCCAGCCCUUACCCAAACCUGCCAGAUCCCCUGCCAGGAUGACUGUCAACUGACCAGCUGGUCCAAGUUUUCUUCAUGCAAUGGAGACUGUGGUGCAGUUAGAACCAGAAAGCGCACUCUUGUUGGAAAAAGUAAAAAGAAGGAAAAAUGUAAAAAUUCCCAUUUGUAUCCCCUGAUUGAGACUCAAUAUUGUCCUUGUGAUAAAUACAAUGCACAGCCUGUGGGGAACUGGUCAGACUGUAUUUUACCAGAGGGAAAAGUGGAAGUGAUGUUGGGAAUGAAAGUACAAGGAGACAUCAAGGAAUGUGGACAAGGAUAUCGUUACCAAGCAAUGGCCUGCUACGAUCAAAAUGGCAGGCUCGUGGAAACAUCCAGAUGUAACAGCCAUGGUUACAUUGAAGAGGCCUGCAUCAUCCCCUGCCCCUCAGACUGCAAGCUUAGUGAAUGGUCCAACUGGUCGCGCUGCAGCAAGUCCUGUGGGAGUGGUGUGAAGGUUCGCUCUAAAUGGCUGAGAGAAAAACCAUAUAAUGGAGGAAGGCCUUGCCCCAAACUAGACCACGUCAACCAGGCACAGGUGUAUGAGGUUGUUCCAUGCCACAGUGACUGCAGCCAGUACCUGUGGGUCACAGAGCCCUGGAGCAUCUGCAAGGUGACCUUUGUGAAUAUGCGGGAGAACUGUGGAGAGGGCGUGCAGACCCGAAAAGUGAGAUGCAUGCAGAAUACAGCAGAUGGCCCUUCUGAACAUGUAGAGGAUUACCUCUGUGACCCAGAAGAGAUGCCUCUGGGCUCUAGAGAGUGCAAAUUACCAUGCCCCGAGGACUGCGUGAUAUCCGAAUGGGGUCCAUGGACCCGAUGUGUAUUGCCUUGCAAUCAAAGCAGUUUCCGGCAAAGGUCAGCUGAUCCCAUCAGACAACCAGCUGAUGAAGGAAGAUCCUGCCCUGAUGCUGUUGAGCAGGAACCCUGUAACCUGAACAAAAACUGCUACCACUAUGAUUAUAAUGUAACAGACUGGAGUACAUGUCAGCUGAGUGAGAAGGCAGUUUGUGGAAACGGAAUUAAAACAAGGAUGUUGGAUUGUGUUCGAAGUGAUGGCAAGUCAGUUGACCUGAAAUAUUGUGAAGAGCUGGGCCUGGAGAAGAACUGGCAGAUGAACACGUCCUGCGUGGUGGAAUGCCCUGUGAACUGUCAGCUUUCUGAUUGGUCUUCUUGGUCAGAAUGUUCUCAAACAUGUGGCCUCACAGGAAAAAUGAUCCGAAGACGAACAGUGACCCAGCCCUUUCAGGGUGAUGGAAGACCAUGCCCUUCCCUGAUGGACCAGUCCAAACCCUGCCCAGUGAAGCCUUGUUAUCGGUGGCAAUAUGGCCAGUGGUCUCCAUGCCAAGUGCAGGAGGCCCAGUGUGGAGAAGGGACCAGAACAAGGAACAUUUCUUGUGUAGUAAGUGAUGGGUCAGCGGAUGAUUUCAGCAAAGUGGUGGAUGAGGAAUUCUGUGCUGACAUUGAACUCAUUAUAGAUGGUAAUAAAAACAUGGUCCUGGAGGAAACCUGCACUCAGCCUUGCCCAGGUGACUGUUAUUUGAAGGACUGGUCUUCCUGGAGCCUGUGUCAGCUGACCUGUGUGAAUGGCGAGGAUCUAGGCUUUGGUGGAAUACAAGUACGAUCCAGAGCGGUCAUUAUACAAGAACUAGAGAAUCAGCAUCUGUGCCCAGAGCAGAUGUUAGAAACAAGAUCAUGUGAUGAUGGACAGUGUUAUGAAUAUAAAUGGAUGGCCAGUGCUUGGAAGGGCUCUUCCCGAACAGUGUGGUGUCAAAGGUCAGAUGGUAUAAAUGUCACAGGGGGUUGCUUGGUGAUGAGCCAGCCUGAUGCCGACAGGUCUUGUAACCCACCGUGUAGCCAACCCCACUCAUACUGUAGCGAGACAAAAACAUGCCAUUGUGAAGAAGGGUACACUGAAGUCAUGUCUUCUAACAGCACCCUUGAGCAAUGCACACUUAUCCCCGUGGUGGUAAUACCCACCAUGGAGGACAAAAGAGGAGAUGUGAAAACCAGUCGGGCUGUCCAUCCAACCCAACCCUCCAGUAACCCAGCAGGACGGGGAAGGACCUGGUUUCUACAGCCAUUUGGGCCAGAUGGGAAACUAAAGACCUGGGUUUACGGUGUAGCAGCUGGGGCAUUUGUGUUGCUCCUCUUUAUUGUCUCCAUGAUUUAUCUAGCUUGCAAAAAGCCAAAGAAACCCCAACGACGGCAAAACAACCGACUGAAACCUUUAACCUUAGCCUAUGAUGGAGAUGCUGACAUGUAACAUAUAACUUCUCCUGGCAACAACCAGUUUCGGCUCUCUGACUUCAUAGCAGAUGUCCUGAGGCCACAACACACGUAUCCAAACUGUCUGGAUUAAAAUACAUUUUAACUUUUAAAAAGGGCGUCAUAAAGGCAAGAGUGAAAAUCAUACUGCCACUGGAGAUAUUCAAGACAGUACCACUUACAUACUACGUCAACCGUGAGAAUUACAGGAGAUUUAGUUGAAUACCUGCUGCAUUCUGAAAGUUUUAUGUCAUCUUUUCUGAAGUCUACCAACCGAAAAACCACCUUCAUCUCUAAAAAAUAAUGGUGGGAUUGACCAGGUAGGAUGCCUGAUAGAAGACUGUCUGCAGUAUUAAUCCAUAAAACUUUCUAGCAUGACCAGUUUCUACCAAGAACUCCACAAUACUAUAGUUAAAUUAACAUGUGUUAAUACACAUUAUGUCAGAUUAUGUACUUGUUAAUAAGCAAUUUUAACAAUGCCUAACAAGCUCUAAGCUAAACAGAAAACCCACUGAAUAAAUUCAGCAUCUUGGUUGUCGAUGGUAGAUUUUAUUGACCUGCAUUUCAGAGACAAGGACUCUUUUUUAAAACUCCAUUCUUGUCUCUCUCCAAAGUAAGAAUGCUGGACAAGUACUAGUGUCUUAGAAGAAAGAGUCCUCAAGUUCAGUAUUUUAUAGUGGUUAUUGUCUGGAAAACUAAUUUACUUGUGUUAAUAUGUUUCUACUUUCCCUGAUUUUCAAACUGGUUGCCUGCAUCUUUUUUGCUACAUGGAAGGCACAUUUUUGCACUAUAUUAGUGCAGCAUGAUAGGCACUUAACCAGUAUUGCCAUAUAAACUGCCUCUUUUCAUAUGGGAUGAAGACAUCUGUGCCAAGAGUGUCAUGAAGACAUUUGCAAGUUCUUGUCUCCUGAAGAGAGUAAAGUUCCGUUUGGAUGGCAGCAAGAUGAAAUCAGCUGUUACACCUGCUGUACACACACUUCCUCAUCACUGCAGCCAUUGUGAAAUUGACAACAUGGCGGUAAUUUAAGUGUUGAAGUCCCGACCCCUUAACCCUCUAAAAGGUGGAUUCUUCUAGUUGGUUUGUAAUUGUUCUUUGAAGGCUGUUUAUGACUAGAUUUUUAUAUUUGUUAUCUUUGUUAAGAAAAGAAAAGAAAAGAAAAAAAGGAACUGGAUGUCUUUGUAAUUUUGAGAAGAUGGAGAAAAUAGUGUAUCAGUGACUUUUGUAACUAAAGGAAAUCAAAACUAUAUGUUGACUUUUCUUUCUCUCUAAUUUGAUUUCUCAGUUUCAGAUUGAAUGUCUGUCUUGCAGGCAGUAUUUUAAAAUCCAUAGUCUGUUGUCUUUCUCACUGACAAAAUUUGAAGCCAUCUUUUCAAUGUAUGAUUUCAAGUUUUUAAGAGAGAAGAAUAAAUAUCUUGUCCAAGACUUCAUUACAUCUCUAGACCAAGAGUGGCGAACUUUUUCUGUAAAGGACUAUAUAGAAACUAUUGUCAGCAAGGUCUGUGUUGCAAUUUCUCAACUUUGCCAUUCUGCUAAUGCAACCAUAAUAAAUAAAAGAAUGAACAUGAUUGUUUUCCCAUAUAAGUUUCUUUACAAAAACUGCCAGUAGGCCACCUCUGCAGGUCAAAUUUUGCUGACGCCUGGUCUGGAUGUUUUUUAAUGCUAACUCUCCAUGGUGUCAUCUUUCUUUUUCAUUCAUUUACUCACUAUGUUCAGUGUUUAAUUUCAGAUAUGAGAAUUUACAGUCAUUACAUUUACCACUGUAUCAGAAGUAGCUAUAUUUUUUAAAGAUGUAGCCCCGGGAGUGGAACAAUACUUAACUCAGCAGACUUCUUUCAUAUGAAAAUUCAAAAGGUGCCAUUAAAAAGCAAUACCAUUUUUCAGGCAACAUUAUUGCAACAACCUCUGCAAGAGAGGAGGACACUAGCUUUUCAGGUUUUUUGAAAAAUAGCGUAAUGUGCUGUUUUAUUUUAAACAGCAGUAUUCUGUAAAAGCGGUUUGGAUUUAGAAGGUAUUUUACCUUCAUGCUGGAGUGUGAACUCCCCCUGCUGUUCAUUACAGUAUUUGCAAAGCUUACAAAAGACAUCACUUUAUCCCCAAAAUGAAAACAGUUGUCUUUCACUAAGAACUAAAUGCAGUAAGCACUAAUUUCUUAUUCAACAUUCACUAUAUUAGGCAACAUAAAUCAUUUUAAAGAGAACAGGUAGUCAGGAAAAUAGAAUGUUACUUUAAACCAAGGAUUUAAACAAACAAACAAAAAAUACAUAAAUCCAAAAUCCAUUUUAUCUGUCUUAUUAAAGAGGAAGAAAAAAUAAUAUUGUUACUCUAAAACUGUGAUUGUCAAUGUUUAUACUCAGGGGUUUUCCAGAUAAUCCUCAAGUUGAUGUCUUUGAAUAACAUAAACUCCAUUUGUCCAAAAUGAUUAAGAAAGAAUCUAUUGCGGUUACUUGAAAAAUUCAACUGACCGUCUUAUGAAAUGUGCGCAACACCUUAUAAUUUUAAAAUGUGGGCUAGAAUUAAAAUACUGUUCCUACUAAAGCUAUACUUAAGAUAUUAUAAAAUGUCACUAAUUGAGAAAAAAUUAGUAUCAUCCCACCUAUAAGAAUUAGAAAAUCCAAAUUACAGAAUGUUACGAAAAGUACAAGACUUUUUUUUCAUAAAUUGAUUGGAUUUUACAACACACGCACACACGAGAGAGAGAAGAAAUUAGGUUUAACAUGACCUAACAUUAGAGAACAUAUUGGAAGAUCACUGUUAGGAUAAAUAAAUACGGGACAACCUCUUGGUAGAAAGGUGAAAACAAUGUAGCAAUCGUGGCUAUUUUGGACAAAUGGAAGUUUAUUAUAUUCAUGUUUAUAACAUGAAAAUGGCCUUAUUUUUGUUUCUGGCAUGAGUCAAUAAUGAGUUAAAUAUUUUACUGGAAUUUCAUCAAAAUCUUAUUCUUCCUGUUCCUUCUAAAAAUGUGGGAGGGGAAUAUAGUAGUAACUUCUCUAUUGACACUUUUGCCUUAUGGAAAUGAUCUGUGAGGCUAAAAAGAUGUAGAACUGCUUUUCCCUAGUAUGAAGGUCUUACUGGUUUUAAAAAGAAAAGAGUGGAACAAGUUUAACACAGUAUUAUAUGAUUUUGCUUGACGAUUUCAAUAGAAACCAUAUAGAAGAAGACAACUGAUCUCUUUUGAAAGGGGCUGAUUUGCUUAUUCAUCAGUACCUCAUCCAAUGUAUUAACUAUAAUCUUUAUUUCAAAGCUCUUUUUGAGGACACUAUGGUGUAGCUGAAGUGAAAAAGAGUGCAUAAAAGUCUGUUUUUAAUUACUGAUAGCAAAGCACAAAUUAUUUAUAACAAGGCAAAUAUGUAUUGACAUGUAAGACACUCUGCUUGGCACUGUAAAAAAAAAAAAAAAAAAAAAAAGUAAUGGCUUUUGUAUACAUAGAUACAUAAGACAUCCAAAAGAAGGAAAAAAUGCUUAAUGAGUAAAGCUAGCACUUAAACAUGUUGACUUUUACUCUAGGUUUGGUUUUAGAUGGGGUUUGUAUUUUUCCAUAUGUAACAUACAUGUCUUUAGGCCAUGGUGUUAGGAGUUUGAUUUUUCCCCACACUUCCCUCAGGUAGGUGGCAGUGGUCAUUGUAGCUUAAUCAGACCCCUGUUCAGUUCCUGGGCAUUUCAAGAGAAAUUGAUGUCUUACUUCUACAGGAAUUGAGUACACCUCUCGCAUGUUUAUUUACCUUCCUCAACCACCUCUAUCUUUCCUCCUUUCUGAUUAUUUUCUCUGCUUGGUCUCGUUCUACUCUCAGUAGCUAUUCUUAUCUACUUCCCUCAGAACCACUUUCCUCUCAAUAUGCCCAAUUUAAAAAAAAAAAAAAAAAGAAUUCCUGUAUUUCCUUCCCUAUUAAAAUCAAAGUGUCACUCACUCAGAGGGUGAAUAUCCUGACACACACCAAACUCACUAGUCAAAGAAAUGAAUAAAGGGGGAAGGAAAAAUGUGGACGGCAUGCAAGAAAAAAAAAAAAAAAAAAAAGUCCUUUUCUGUAAAAAUGUCCAUGCCUACGCUUGCUUUAGAUUACCCCAUAUCAUCCUGUCUCUACCUUCGUAUACAUUCCACACCACAAGACCGUGAAGGAGGCCUGUACCUUUCAGUACCAAACAGAAGGGCGAGUCUGUUCUAAAGCUGAUGUGGGUCUGAACAGUGCAUGCCAAGCACGAUUCCCCAAUGAUCUGGUCUCACUGUUUAUAAAAAUAAUACUUAAUUCUAGUGUGGGUUCCUCUUCUAUUUCUGCUCUAAGAUUGAGGGUGUUGAAAAAACAGUAGUCCUUGAGCAAAUCUGUGAGGAAUCUUGUCGCAAUAUAAUCUUUCCUGGGACUACUUUUGUUGUGAGAACCACAUUUGCCUGUUCUGGGAAUAAGAGCCUCCGCUGGUCCUGCCCUCAGGUGGCCCUGGCUGCAAGACAGGAUUUCAGCCAUCAGAAACUGGUGUGUGGGCCAAGCCAACAGUUAUUCUUUUAUAAAAAGGAUGGUUUGCAGUGUGUUAUGAUAAUCCUAUAUCGAGCAGGGACACUGAAAAAUGGUAUGUCUAGAGUAUUAAAUGAAUAAAACAAAUACUAAACAGUUAAUUUUGCAUUUUUUUGUGUGUUUCUACCAAGUCAGAUCUCUCAGUGAUCAAAAAUCUCUACAUUAUUUAGGAUGUAACUGUCAGUCUUACUGUUGUGUUUUGUAGAUUUAUUCUGUUGUUAACACAUAGUUUCUAGAAUACCUACUACUAAACUUUCCCCAACUAUUUUUCAGAAAUCUGUUUGUGUUUAUUUUUGGAAAGUAAACAUUUAGAUUCCCUCUUUCUGGUACUUUUUUUCCCAUUUCUAUCACAGAGAUUUGAAGAGAUCAGUAUCUAUCACUGUAAAAUAUAACUUUAUUAAAUUUGCAAUCUUUCUAUAAAUUAUUCCCUAAAUGUGUAUUUUAUGUUAAUUUAACUACCUGAAUAUUUAUUUUGUUUAAAUAAGGAGGCAGCUGUCUAAGAAUUUUUGUUAAUAUUACUUUGUAAAUUGUGUAAUGUAAUUUAUUUUAAAUUAUGUACAUUUCCUUUUUAACACACAAAAUGUCUAUGUACAUUAACUACAGAUUUGCAAAUAAUGUCACUAAGCUUUAUUCAGUCAAUACAGAUGGCAUGUGAAGAUGUAAUAUGCUUUUUUACAUUUUCAUAUGGGUUAUUUGUAAAUAACUAUAUUGCUGACAAACAUAAACAUGGAAAUCAUUUUCAUUCUAA